AUGGCUUCCGAAAAAUUGACUGCCCGAUAUGAUCCGUACCAGGAAAUGGAAAACUAUUUAGAAAAAGUAGCUGAAGAGCUUGAUGAAGUCUUCAACCAAUUGUCCAAGAAAUCAGCAGAGUCGCCUGGCAAGCUUGAGACGAACUGGCCGCCAAACAGCAGCUGCAAUGACGCAAAUAAAGACAAUCGUUACAGCACAGAAAAUGGCGACUACUUAACGAACAACUUAGGUGGUCGAUUCGAUGACGUUAUACUAGAAUUGCAAUUACCAGAACGGAUUGUUUGCCAGGCAUGUGCUGAAGGAAUAGAAGAAAAGGUAUAUUUCGGUGAUAACUGUAGCAGUGGUAUUUUUCCUAAUAACAUGCGUUACCGUCUGUCAUCAACUAAACGAAAACGAUGUCAUUCUCGAUCUUUGGAUCAAAGUAGUUUACAAUUACCAGACUGUUAUGAAGAUAAGUCAGCUUUGCUGCUUAAAGUCAAGGUACUCAACACUACGCCACCAACACCUGUUCGUCGGUCGUCUCUUAACCGUUUUCAAACAAUCAUCGCACAUCAACAAAAACAGCUUGAACGACAAGACAGCGAUGGAGGUCCACACCUAGAAGUGGCCACGCAAACGUCACCAACUUGUAGUAGGUCUUCGAGCUUUACGUGGUUAUCUGAUCGUUCAGACACUGGUAACUGUUCUUCGACCGAGGAGGCUGUGACACCAUGUAGUUCAACCGAUGAUUCGGUGACCGACCAUCAUAUUAGUUGUGGAUCUUCGACCGAAUCGUCCGUCACUCCUCCUGGACGAUCUGAUGAACCCGAAUCCGGUAUAGGAACUGCAUCGCCUCCACACCACCGAUAUUCAAAAUCGGGAAAUCAGAAAUGCCGAAGGAAAGAGACGUGGGAGAGGCUGCAGAGACGACACGCCGACCGUCGUGUGACUAUUAAACACACGGAACCACCAGUGUGGUCGACUCCCGCAGUAGAAAUAAGCGACCAAUUUUACAGACCAGCGACGCGACCGAAUCGAUUACCUUUGACCAGUGAAUCUGAAUUUCCGGUAAAAAAUGUUUCUUACGAGUUGCCUAGUCCGACAGCUGUUUCACUGGAUGGUGGUGGUGGAGAAGUUAACUCAGAACUAGGGGGCGCUUGUAAAAGUUCGUCUGCUCCACAUCUCAUUAAAUCCACUCAGACGCUGCCCUGUAGAACUAAAUAUACCGGCGAAUCGAAGAAAUGGAAACAUCCCAAAUGUCAUUCGGAACAAUACUUAGAAGAAAUAGAAGCCAAAGAAGCAUGCAAAUGGCUAAGAGCCGCUGGAUUUCCACAGUACGCGCAAAUGUAUGAAGAUUUGCAAUUUCCUAUCGACGUGAACGGCGUGCAAAAGGACCAUCCUUUUCUAGACCUAGACUCUUUGCAAUCAUUAUUCAGAAGACUGCACGCUUUGAACCGUUGUGCAAACAUGAAAUUAGAUUUUGUGCCAAAACACGCAGGUGAUGACUCGGACUCCGAGGGAGAAUGCGCAUUGAGUGAAAACUGGACCUUCCAGAGGGAAUCAAGGAGGUGGUCCCGAGUAGACGACAUUGUCAACACAGCGAUGAUGCUGCAGCAGCAGUUGCAAUCAUCGUCGCCCGUCGAACACCAUCAUCCCGGAAAUCAGCAGCAGGAAAACCAUGACCUACAACCAUCGCAACCGAGUUGUGGGGGAAAUUUCGGAAAUAACACGAUGUCGCAGCCACCGCUGCAGUCAGCCGAACAACUGCAGACGGCGGCGGUAGCGGUCGAUGCGUCGGACGCGGCACUGAUCUCGCGAUUCCGGCGAUCGGGUAGCGAGCGGAUCAGAGAUGGGGCCAAAGCCAUCCUACGGCGAGUGGAAAGCCUGAAGACAAGACGUCGAAAACAACGCAACCGCGACGGCGUGAUCAUCGGUUCACCACAGAUCAUAGACAUGGCUUCGAUGCAACAACGGAUGAAGGAACUUAACUGUGUAGACGUGACACCGCCAGAUUCGCCGGUGACUGACGACCACAUAAAGUCCAAACGGUUCUUGGCAAAACCCGAGUCGCUGGACUCGUUAGCAUAUUCUGAUUCAGAACUGUCGUGGAGAAAUGAUUACACAGACGCCAACAGCAAUAACACCAAGCCAUUGUUGGAUUUCAUGGCCUUUGACGGGAGUAACGACUUUUCAUCUCCCAACGGCAGUCAAGAUAGCCGCACAUACAAAACUAAAUACAACGACAGCGUAGAUUCGGUUUCGAGCGCAAUGCAAGAUAGCGAUCAAGAACUAACCACCAAAUCAAAAGGGUCAGUUGUUCGAUGGCAUAGUUUUCAAAAGACUAAACAUCAGCCGAAUGCCUUGGCUGGACAAAUGGUCGGGUCACUCACGGUUGGUCAGCUCUUGGUAUUACGAAAAUUUGCUCUUCUCAAGCUAACUGCUAUUAUGGAACGGUAUUGUCCGACACACAGAACAGGAUGGAACUGGGAACUGCCCAAGUUUAUGCGCAAAACUAAAAUGCCCGAUCCCAAAGAUAAAACCGUUUUUGGAGCUCCACUGAUUGCCAAUGUGCAAAAAUACGGUUCCUCACUGCCACCGUUCGUCCCGUCCGCUUUUCGGUGGCUUGAAGAUAACGCUCUUGACCACGUAGGGUUGUUCCGGAAGCCAGGCGUUAAAUCCAGAAUACAGCGCUUAAAACAACUGGCUGAAGCCGAACCAAACGACGUAAAAUUCGAAAACCAUCAAGCCUAUGAUGUGGCUGAUAUGGUUAAACAAUACUUCCGUGAGUUACCGGAGGCCUUGCUUACCAAUAAACUCUCCGAGAGUUUCAUCGCCAUUUUUCAACACGUUCCGGUGUACUUGCAAAAGGAAGCGGUCCAUUACACGGUGCUGCUGUUACCCGACGAACACCGCGAAGCCCUGUUCGCCUUGCUCGACUUCCUGUGUCACGUGUCGUCUAAGAGCAACGUGAACCAGAUGUCCGCCAGCAACCUGGCCGUCUGCCUGGCCCCAUCGCUGUUUCACCUCGGCAACAGCGGCGCCUGGUCGUCGUCGCAUCCGCACGGUGGAUCCGCCGGUGGAUCGACGCCGUCCAGCCCCGUCACGUCGCAUAACCGUUCGUCGUCCGUGUCACCGCGCCGGAAUCACCAUCAGUCGUCGGCAAACUCCACCAUCGCCGUGGGUCUGCCCGAUUCCAAGCAGCUGGGACAGAACAAGGCGGCGCACGAUUGCUUGCUAUUCCUCAUCAAGCACUACCGCCAACUAUUCGCCAUGUCAGAGGACGUUAUGAGUCAGUGUCACUUUAGCUAUAUGGACGAGAGCAUACCAAUAAGUCUAGAAGAGCUCGGUGCGGAAAUGGGUCACGACUGGAGAGGAUACUUGAACGCGUGUACAUCGGCGUUGCUUAAAGAAGCCAAAGAAAAAAACAGGGGAUGGGUGGCAGUGGGCAGUUUCGAGAACGUCGACAUAUCGUACAAGAAGGUCGGCGACGGACACCCAUUGCGACUGUGGCGGGUGUGCACGGAAGUGGAAGCGCCACCAGCCGAGGUGCUAGCCCGGAUACUGUGGGAGCGACACGUGUGGGACGCGAACCUGGUGUCGGCCAGGGUUGUAGCCAAAAUGGACGCGCGCGCCGAUCUGUACCAGUACGCGGACUCGGCGAUGUCCCCACACCCGGCCAAAGACUUUUGCGUGGCCAGGUCAUGGCGGACCGACCUGAACCGGGGAGGUUGCGCGGUUGUCGAAACGUCCGUCGAACACCCGGACGCCAAGCAGCCGGCGGCGGGCGCGGUCCGCGGCAUCGUGUUAGCCUCCAGGUACCUGAUCGAACCGUGUGGUUCGGGUCGGUCCCGAGUACUGCAUUUGUCUCGGGUCGACACAAAGGGCAGGACGUGCGAGUGGUACAAUAAGAUAUUCGGACACAUAACUUCCAAAUAUUUGUCCGCGAUACGAAAAUCAUUCGAACACUCUGCUGACGGUCCCGAAAGCAAAGUAUGACUCAGGCGCCGAUUAUUUUUGUUUUUUUUUUUUUUUUGUUUGUUUUUUAAUAUUAUUAUUAUUAUUAUUAUUAUUAUUAUUAUUAUUAAUCAUCAUUCUCCGGUAAACGAUUUCCGCGUCCGCAUCGACGCAAUAUAAUAAUAACGUCAUGUAAUUUAAUAAUGUACAUAUUAUUAAAGUGUCACCUAUACGAUCGGACGACGAAUGCAAGCGCGUUCCACGCAUUCAAAUAUUAUAUAUUUGUAUAUUUAUCAUUAUAUUAUUACAUAAUUUUUAUUAUUAUUAUUGUCAUUAUCAUUAUCAUUAUUUUAUUUUGAAUGUUCUAAACUAUUUACAAUAUAAAAAAAGCCAGACCACGUUGUUACAGAACAGUAGACUGAUCGGGAUAAGAAUACGCUCGCGUAUUUCUUCCCUCCCCCUGUCCCCCAUCCAACCUCCUAGAAAACAUAAAACUUGUAUCGGUUUUUUUCAAAUGAAUUCGUAAAGAUUAUUAUUAUUAUCAUUACUAUGAAUAACUUUUAAUUACGAAUAAAAACACUGGAGCAGUGAUACUUUACAAUCGAUAGUGUUAUUAUCGUAACAUAUUAUACUUAAUUUAAUAUAUAUCGUUCACGUGAGACGUCAUAAUAAUUUUGCGAUGUCUACAAUUGCAAAACAGCAAUCAAAACAGGGUAUAGUUUUCGAUUGUAUUUUAAAAAAUAUUAUCUCGCGUACCAAUAAAAGUUCCUAUGAUGUUAUGAUUUUUCGUAUUGUACAACAACAAUAUUAUUAUUAUUAUAUUAUUAUAUUGUGCAAUAAUCAAUGUUUAGAUAUCAUGUCAGAUAGAUCAUUCGAUAAUAUACUUACCGCGAUUUGACUUAUCACUAUAACACUCUACAGUAUAUAAAAUCCAAAAACGAUAUCAACGAAAAACAUUGUUAUAAAUGUUAAAACUUAAUGUCGACAACGGGACCAUGAUAUAUUGUUGAUUUAUAUUGAGAGAAAAAACACAUCACAUUAUAUUAUAAUAGAAAUUUUACUUAAUAUUUAAGCGUUUAAAAUAUAUAAUUUACCAUUUUAUUUCUUUAUUAUUAUUAUUAUUAUUAU